AUGGGACAGUUCAGUGCCUUGGAAGAGCUGUUCAACUUGGAUUCUGCAGAGCUGCACCAGCCGCUACAUUUCAGCGCUGAUGUUGAGAGCAAUCACCUCACAGACUUGUACCGAAAAGAAGAGACCAUCAGUGUGGCAGGGAAUGGCUGCGUCCACAGUCCUCGCUUCCCCAGCAGUUACCCCAGGAACCUCCUGCUGACAUGGCGACUCCACUCCCCAGAGAGCACCAGGAUCCAGCUGGCUUUUGAUAAUCAGUUUGGACUGGAGGAGCCUGAAAAUGAUAUCUGCAGGUAUGACUUUGUGGAAGUGGAAGAUGUAUCAGAGACCAGCACAGUUAUACGAGGACGGUGGUGUGGACACAAGGAGGUACCUCCAAGAAUAACAUCAAGAACAAAUCAGAUAAAGAUAACCUUCAAAUCCGAUGACUACUUUGUGGCUAAACCUGGAUUCAAGAUCUGUUACUCCCUUGUGGAUGAUUUCCAGCAUGCAGCCUCAGAAACCAACUGGGAGUCAGUCACAAGCUCUGUCUCAGGGGUAUCCUAUCCCUCUCCAUCAGUGACUGACCCUACGCUCACAGCAGAAGCACUGGAUCAGACCAUUGCUGCAUUUGACACGGUGGAGGAUCUGCUCAAACACUUUAACCCAGACUCCUGGCAAGAAGAUCUUGAGAAUUUGUACACAGACAGUGGCCACCAUUAUCGAGGCAGGAGCUACCAUGACAGGAAGUCCAAAGUUGACCUGGACAGGUUGAAUGAUGAUGUGAAACGUUACAGUUGCACUCCGAGAAACUACUCUGUCAAUUUAAGGGAGGAACUGAAGCUGACAAAUGUAGUUUUCUUCCCCCGCUGCCUCCUUGUCCAGCGCUGUGGAGGAAACUGUGGCUGUGGGACUUCGAACUGGAAAUCCUGCACGUGCAUGUCAGGGAAAACAGUGAAAAAAUAUCAUGAGGUGCUGAAAUUUGUCCCUGAGGCUGGGCAUCCCAGAAGAAGAGGCAGAACCAGAAACAACAUGGCCUUAGUAGAUAUACAGCUGGAUCAUCAUGAGCGUUGUGAUUGUGUCUGCAGUUCAAGACCUCCUCGAUAAAAAUAAAAAUAAAUAAAUAGGAGGAAAAAACCAAGACACACUAAUUGCAGUUUACUGGACAUUUACUUUUAAGCAGGAUUGCUCUGAGGACCUUUACUCACUAAUCAUUUGAACUUUGCUACUAGCCUGCCUUUGCAAUUAGCAAAAAUGAUUGCUGUGUUUCAGCAUGGCUGCGCUGAUUAGUGCCAUGGCAGCUAUACAGGUAUAUCAUAGAUUUAUGUAUCAGCAUCCAAGAAUAUAGGAUUAUGGUUAUCUGUAGCUAGAUUCUGAAGGUUGAGAUUUUCAAAGCUCACUUAUAGUCCUUAGGCACACAAUGAAAUUAAACACCAGCUGUGUAUGUAUUUGUGGUAGCUGGCAGUAAAAUAGCAUUGUGUUUCUAUUUCUCACUCACCAGUUCCUGCACUCAAAUUCUGCUGCCAUUUCUACCUGCUUAGCUCUCCUGAUGGUCAGCAGGGUUUUGUGGGUAUAAAUGAAGUGAGAAUUUGAGCUUGUAUUGAGUGUAAAAUGGUUUGUCCCACUCUGAGAGGGAACUUCCCAGUGUUCCAGCCCAACAAAGUGAGAUACAAUGAGGAAAAUCCAUCACCACAUGAAAUAACGCACCAGUAAAUUCAAAUCUCACUGUUUGUACUUGAGCAAAUCAUGUGCUGAAAUUAGUAGAUGCUUUGCAUAAGCCGGGACACUGGUGGCAGUAGGGGGUUGCGGAGGCUGGUACUUUUGCCAUGGUGACUCCACAGGAGCCAUUGCCCAGGCUCUUCUGCAAGAGGGGGCUUCUGCCAGGUCCCCAAGUAAAUUGCUGUGGGCUGGGGCCGAUUCUGGUCUUUACUGACCUGGACUGGACUCCUGCCCCUUGCCCAGAGCUGCCCACAGUUGCCCAGGAGGAGCCUCCUCUACA